AUGCCACUAGGCCUCUUUCAAGUCUUUCUUGCCAAGCACACCCGUACAGGGGCCCCUCCCACCACCAUCACGGUCCACCACCCCUCCCCUCCCCUCCUGCGGGCGGAAAAAAUCCCCAACGUUUUUUGCUGCGCGAGAAUUAAUGAUUGCCCUUCCCAACACGUUGCCCCUAGUCCUGUUUUCGAUGGUGGGAAUUGUUUUGGGGUUGUGGAGGACCCUCACCACCACCCCCCGCCCUCCCUCUCCCACCCUCAUUCCUCCUCCAUCGCCCAUCUGCAAAGUGUUCUUAAUCGUUCUCUUUCAAUAAGCCAUCCUAUUUUCUCUCUCUCUCCCAUUACCACGACAAACGACGCCGACGAUCCUACCCCUCACGCCGUACGAACAUCCAGAAGAAAGCUCCACCAUCUACCUGCUGCGCAAUAA